AUGAAAAUAAUAUAUAUUGUAUUACAAUUACUAAUAAUAAUAGGCUAUAUAAAUAUAGCUAAAUCACAAAUUAUUCAUGGUGCCUCUUUAGCAACGGGUAUAGUUUCACUUACAGGAUUAACAAGACCAUUUAACGAAACAAAUAUAAUUGCAAGUAAAAAUAUACGUGUAUACCAAAGGUAUGAUUGGAGUAUACUUAAGGUAUAUUUACGUUCAAAUGAAAGUCUUUUUACAGGAGAAAUUAAUAUUCAUCCAAGAGUUGGCGAUAUUAUAACAGGGGGUGGUAAUGGUAUUAGUCGUUGGCCCGGAUGGCAAAUAUGGGUAGAAUUACCUGUAAAAAAGAAUAUUACAACAUUUGUAUCUGAAAUUUUAGAUUCUCCAUGUGUAGUUAAUGGAACAAGAUUAAACAAUACCGAAUGCUCUACCCCAGUUAAUGGAACAGCUCCAGUUACUUUUAAAGAGACUGUUAUAACUAAUAAAACAGAAACAGUACCUUUAACAUUACCACCAAAGAACAUCAUUGAUGUCAACAAAAAUACAUUUGUAAAUUAUUUCGCUAUUGUAAUUCAGCUUGAUAGGGGUAAUAUCAUUGAUGCUAUAUGGGACGGUGAUAGAUUACCUCAAAUUUGUAAAUCCUGUGACUCUUGUAUCGACAAUCAAUGUGCAGUAAAUUAUGGAGAUAUGGCAUGUGAUGCUGUAUUUGCUAAUAAUGGAACCAAUAAUGGUUGCCAAGUCAAACUAAUGGUUGCAUUUGCUGGUAGGGAUUUAAAUAAUAGACCAUGUCAAUCUGUAAACAAGUUACCUUCUAAUUUCCAAAAAUACUCUGCAACAUCUAUUAAAAAAAUUGGUACAGGUUUGCUAUCUGACUUCUUUUACAAAAUCAAUGAAAACAACAACAAUCCAAACAGAGCUUAA